UCUAGACAUGGCCAAUCUAGUCAUGGGCAAUCCACACACUCUGAGUCCAGAACGGCUGGAAGAAGGGGAUCUAGUCAGAGUGAGUCCAGUGACGGUGAAAGGCAUUCAGGAGCCUCACAGAGGCACUCCGCAUCCACACACGGGCAGGCUGGAUCUCAACAUGGAGAUUCAGGAUCCACAGUUAGAGGCAGACAAGAAACAGAUCACAGACAGGCUGGAUCUCAACAUGGAGAGUCAGGAUCAACAGUUCGAGGCGGACAGGGCCCUGCCCGUGGCCAGUCGGGAGAUACCUCUAGACAUGGCCAAUCUAGUCAUGGGCAAUCCACACACUCUGAAUCCAGAACGGCUGGAAGAAGGGGAUCUAGUCAGAGUGAGUCCAGUGACGGUGAAAGGCAUUCAGGAGCCUCACAGAGGCACUCCGCAUCCACACACGGGCAGGCUGGAUCUCAACAUGGAGAUUCGGAAUCCACAGUUAGAGGUAGCCCAGGCUCAGCUCAUGGUCAGGCUGGAUCUCAACAUGGAGAGUCAGGAUCAACAGUUCGAGGCGGACAGGGCCCUGCCCGUGGCCAGUCGGGAGAUACCUCUAGACAUGGCCAAUCUAGUCAUGGGCAAUCCACACACUCUGAGUCCAGAACGGCUGGAAGAAGGGGAUCUAGUCAGAGUGAGUCCAGUGACGGUGAAAGGCAUUCAGGAGCCUCACAGAGGCACUCCGCAUCCACACACGGGCAGGCUGGAUCUCAACAUGGAGAUUCGGGAUCCACAGUUAGAGGCAGACAAGAAACAGAUCACAGACAGGCUGGAUCUCAACACGGAGAGUCAGGAUCAACAGUUCGAGGCGGACAGGGCCCUGCCCGUGGCCAGUCGGGAGAUACCUCUAGACAUGGCCAAUCUAGUCAUGGGCAAUCCACACACUCUGAGUCCAGAACGGCUGGAAGAAGGGGAUCUAGUCAGAGUGAGUCCAGUGACGGUGAAAGGCAUUCAGGAGCCUCACAGAGGCACUCCGCAUACACACACGGGCAGGCUGGAUCUCAACAUGGAGAUUCGGGAUCCACAGUUAGAGGUAGCCCAGGCUCAGCUCAUGGUCAGGCUGGAUCUCAACAUGGAGAGUCAGGAUCAACACUUCGAGGCGGACAGGGCCCUGCCCGUGGCCAGUCGGGAGAUACCUCUAGACAUGGCCAAUCUAGUCAUGGGCAAUCCACACACUCUGAGUCCAGAACGGCUGGAAAAAGGGGAUCUAGUCAGAGUGAGUCCAGUGACGGUGAAAGGCAUUCAGGAGCCUCACAGAGGCACUCCGCAUCCACACACGGGCAGGCUGGAUCUCAACAUGGAGAUUCGGGAUCCACAGUUAGAGGCAGACAAGAAACAGAUCACAGACAGGCUGGAUCUCAACACGGAGAGUCAGGAUCAACAGUUCGAGGCGGACAGGGCCCUGCCCGUGGCCAGUCGGGAGAUACCUCUAGACAUGGCCAAUCUAGUCAUGGGCAAUCCACACACUCUGAGUCCAGAACGGCUGGAAGAAGGGGAUCUAGUCAGAGUGAGUCCAGUGACGGUGAAAGGCAUUCAGGAGCCUCACAGAGGCACUCCGCAUCCACACACGGGCAGGCUGGAUCUCAACAUGGAGAUUCGGGAUCCACAGUUAGAGGUAGCCCAGGCUCAGCUCAUGGUCAGGCUGGAUCUCAACAUGGAGAGUCAGGAUCAACAGUUCGAGGCGGACAGGGCCCUGCCCGGGGCCAGUCGGGAGAUACCUCUAGACAUGGCCAAUCUAGUCAUGGGCAAUCCACACACUCUGAGUCCAGAACGGCUGGAAGAAGGGGAUCUAGUCAGAGUGAGUCCAGUGACGGUGAAGGGCAUUCAGGAGCCUCACAGAGGCACUCGGCAUCCACACACGGGCAGGCUGGAUCUCAACAUGGAGAUUCAGGAUCCACAGUUAGAGGUAGACAAGAAACAGAUCACAGACAGGUUGGAUCUCAACAUAGAGAGUCAGGAUCAACAGUUCGAGGUGGACAGGGCCCUGCCCGUGGCCAGUCGGGAGAUACCUCUAGACAUGGCCAAUCUAGUCAUGGGCAAUCCACACACUCUGAAUCCAGAACGGCUGGAAGAAGGGGAUCUAGUCAGAGUGAGUCCAGUGACGGUGAAAGGCAUUCAGGAGCCUCACAGAGGCACUCGGCAUCCACACACGGGCAGGCUGGAUCUCAACAUGGAGAUUCGGGAUCCACAGUUAGAGGUAGCCCAGGCUCAGCUCAUGGUCAGGGUGGAUCUCAACAUGGAGAGUCAGGAUCAACAGUUCGAGGCGGACAGGGCCCUGCCCGGGGCCAGUCGGGAGAUACCUCUAGACAUAGCCAAUCUAGUCAUGGGCAAUCCACACACUCUGAGUCCAGAACGGCUGGAAGAAGGGGAUCUAGUCAGAGUGAGUCCAGUGACGGUGAAGGGCAUUCAGGAGCCUCACAGAGGCACUCGGCAUCCACACACGGGCAGGCUGGAUCUCAACAUGGAGAUUCAGGAUCCACAGUUAGAGGUAGACAAGAAACAGAUCACAGACAGGCUGGAUCUCAACAUAGAGAGUCAGGAUCAACAGUUCGAGGCGGACAGGGCCCUGCCCGUGGCCAGUCGGGAGAUACCUCUAGACAUGGCCAAUCUAGUCAUGGGCAAUCCACACACUCUGAGUCCAGAACGGCUGGAAGAAGGGGAUCUAGUCAGAGUGAGUCCAGUGAUGGUGAAAGGCAUUCAGGAGCCUCACAGAGGCACUCCGCAUACACACACGGGCAGGCUGGAUCUCAACAUGGAGAUUCGGGAUCCACAGUUAGAGGCAGACAAGAAACAGAUCACAGACAGGUUGGAUCUCAACAUGGAGAGUCAGGAUCAACAGUUCGAGGUGGACAGGUCCCUGCCCGUGGCCAGUCGGGAGAUACCUCUAGACAUGGCCAAUCUAGUCAUGGGCAAUCCACACACUCUGAAUCCAGAACGGCUGGAAGAAGGGGAUCUAGUCAGAGUGAGUCCAGUGACAGUGAAAGGCACUCAGGAGCCUCACAGAGGCACUCGGCAUCCACACACGGGCAGGCUGGAUCUCAACAUGGAGAUUCGGGAUCCACAGUUAGAGGCAGACAAGAAACAGAUCACAGACAGGCUGGAUCUCAACAUGGAGAGUCAGGAUCAACAGUUCGAGGUGGACAGGGCCCUGCCCGGGGCCAGUCGGGAGAUACCUCUAGACAUGGCCAAUCUAGUCAUGGGCAAUCCACACACUCUGAGUCCAGAACGGCUGGAAGAAGGGGAUCUAGUCAGAGUGAGUCCAGUGACAGUGAAAGGCACUCAGGAGCCUCGCAGAGGCACUCGGCAUUCACACAUGUGCAGGCUGGAUCUCAAUAUGGAGCGCCUGGACAUUCAGGAUCUGGUACAAUAGAGAGACAUUGGUCUAGCCAUUCACAGUCACAUGAUUUUCACACGCAGUCACAGGACAACCUGAGCACACCAUCAAGUAGCCAUCAUGCCCAUUCUGUAAUAAGCCAUUCUCAGUCUCAGAUUGGUAAGAGGCAAAGAAAUGUAUCUGGUCAAGGAUGGAGUCAUGGUAGCUAUGGAAGAGAAGAAUAUGACUAUGGGCAGUCUGGGUAUGGGCCUUCUGGGGGCAGCAGAACUAGUAGCCGUAAUUCUAGUCCUUUAAGGUCAUCAGCUAUAGUUGGAAUUAAGCAAGAGUCUAAACAUGGACAUUCAGUUUCUACUUCUGAACAUGUGGGAUCAAAAAAUAGAGAAAGAGCAGCAACAGAACAUUCAAGUAGCUGGUCAGAGAUAAGUCAUGGGCAGUCAAGUGAUUCCCAUAAUGAAUCUGAAUCCAGUAUAACUACAAGGCACAGAUCUAUUCAUGGGCAUUCAGUAGCAACUCAGGAACAGUCAAGAGACACUCAUGUUCAAUCUGGAAGGCAUAUAUCUACUCAUAGCAGCCAACCCAGCAACUGCUCUGUAUCUGGCCUUGGACAAUACUUAUCAGCUCCUAGCCAUUCAGAUUCUAGUUCAAUGAGAAAGCAGGGAUCCCAUAGUGACAGUAAAGAGCAUUCAGAAGAUUGGGGGGAAAAUAUUCAUGAACAAUUAGGAUCAAGGCAUGGACAGUCAGAGUUCAACUCAGUAGGUAUAUAUGGAUCCAGCCAGAAGCACUUGGGAGAUACAUCUCAUGUGCAGGUAAGAUACAGCACAAAUUUAGCAAGACAGGGAUCAAGUGAUAGACAAUCAGGAGAUAUUGAAAGUUAUUCUGAAUUCAGCACCAAUGAAAGACUAUUAUAUAGUAAUAGCCAGUCAAGUGACAAUUAUGGGCCAUCAAUAGUCAGUCGUUUAAUUGAUAGUGAAGACCCUACAGGAACUGAAGAAUUUAGACAUAGAUAUUCAUCAGGCAGCACAACCACUUGGUUCGGGGAAAGGCAAAAGCAAGAGUCUGCAUCAAGUCUGUUAGGAAGCAUGAAAUUAUAUAGUCAGGGUGGUAAGCAGACAAGAGUCUCUGAGGCCCGAGGAUACCAUGGCAGAGAGCGAACAGACUCGAGUUCCUUUCACUCAGAUAGCAUCACCCCACUCUAUGAAUAUGUCCAAGAACAAAAGUGCUAUUACCUUGAAUAGUAAUUUUGAACCAACAGAAAACAGACACAAGAUAAGAACUCAAAGAAGUGAGACAUAAAACAUGGAACUGAGAUAUUAACAUGAUCCCUUCUUUUGGUAGUGAGGGUAUAUGUCUGAUCUUUUAUUUUAACUGUAGUACACUAUUCUAUUUCUUUUGUUUGGUGCAAGUUUUCUUUUGUAAGGCUCCAUAAACACUGAGCCCUUUGGUUACAAAAUAGUGGAUGGAAGAAGUAAACUGCAUUUGGGACUAUAUUUAGAACUAUAUGAUAAUGUGAUUGGGUGCUCUGGAAUAAAGUGAGCAUUUAAAAAAUUUUCUGAGUCAUAAAUAUGGAUAUUCCUGAUUGUUUUAAUUGAUUGCUAACAAACCUAUAUCCAAGGAAUUAAGCUAUAUUGUUUGAGUCAAAAUUUCCCUAAUGACAUUGUAACAUGAUCCAUGUCCUACAAAGAAUGUUGUAGUAGUUGAAGGUUCAGAAUAUUUGCAUCUUUUGUGCCACCACUGGAACGUACUACUACUUUUGAAGUUACUGUCAUGACUGCCUGUUUAUAGGAUCCAGAAAACUGUAUUGCCUAAAACUGACAAUAAACUUUCCAUAAAGU